CCUGGGAUCUGUAGGGGAAGCAGCAGGAACAGGAGGCGGGGAGGGGAUCACAUGGGAAGCAGUCAGGCUGCUGUCACAUGGUUUGUGUUUGUAAGUUCAGUUAAAGCGGAGGAGGAGUUUGCACAGAACUUUGAGAAAGAGGAACAACUGCAGCAUUUUUCAUGUGGCCUUUCAACAAGUUGAAACACUGAACGAUAAAGUGCGGAGGUGCUGCUUUUGAUUAAAAAAAACUCACCAUUAUUAUGGAAAUCCCUGCAAUAAACUUAAAGGCGAUAGUGCUGGCACACUGGUUGCUCACUGUGUGGGGCAGCAUGAGCUACCUUCCCUCAUCUUAUGCAUGGGGGAACUUCAGUGUUUUAGCAGUUGGAGUGUGGGCGAUUGCACAGAGGGACUCCAUUGAUGCUGUUCUCAUGUUUCUUAUGGGAAUGGCUGUCACCAUACUGACCGACAUUGUCCAUUUUGGGAUCAUUUAUCCACAGUAUCCGCUUGUGGCCGCAGCGAGCUUUUCCGCAGGCAUGGCUAUCCUCAACCUGCUGCUUAAACCUGUUUCUUGUUUCUUUGUCUACCAAAUGUACCGUGAACGAGGAGGAGAUUACAACAUCAACUUUGGUUUUCCUUCUGUAUCCCGAAAUAGAGAUGCCUAUCAGUCCAUCGACCAGCAGGAUGAAUCUUCAAGUCCAACAAAUUCCUUCAACCAGGCUAAAGACACCAAACCAGGAGUCCGCACUUACUGAGAAAAGUACAUAAUUAAAAAUGUAGUCUGUUUUUGUUUCUCACUUUUUAUAUGCAGAGUUGUAAAGUCCUUUAAAAUCAAUUUAAAAUAGCAUUGCAGGGUCACUCAGCUAAGCCAAUUGAAAUAAUCUGGGUUGUAUAGUGAAAUGUGCCAGUUACAUUUUAAGUUGAGGUUCUGAAAGAUUUCUGCUUCAGUGCCAUAGAAGAAUAUAAUCAGAUGACAAGCCAUGGUUUACAGUACUGCCUAGAAACAGGUCUCUGAUUCUUUUAGCAGAGCAGUGUUGGAUAAAUAAGUAAGUUUUUGACCUGCAGUCAAAACUUUUCUGAAGCUUGAAAACAUGUUAAAAACAAAAAAUAUAUAGUUUUACAGACACUGUUUUGGCUUUUUAAAAAAAUGUACAUUCAAGACUUGAUACCCAAUACUGAAUUGAAAUAAGUUUUCAUAUAGAUGAGUAAGAUAUUAGUAUAUUCACAGAUGAGUACAGUUUUGUGUAUGUUUAGUUAAUAAGAAAACACACCAUUAUGUCUACUGUAAAAAUGACAAAAUAUCGUUGGUAUGAUGGUUCUAACACAAUUAUUCAUUUUAAACACCAAGCUGACUCGGUAACAGUCUCGUUGAUCUUUCACUUAUUCCCUUAAAAGUGAAGGGUUUCUAACCUGCUUUCAAAAUAUUGUCAUGAAACGACGCUUCAUCUUAGAAUACCAAAUACUUGCAGACCACAUACUGUGGGGUAUCUCAUACAUCCUGAUGGGUUAUGUGAAUUUCCCCACAAAUAAUAAAUGCUGUCAUAUAGACUCAUGCUCAAGGAAAAAAAAAAUCUCAUUAAAAGAGUGUUUUAUGCACCGUGGAUUGCUUUUUUUCAGUUUUCAUAUCUGUCAGAGGUUUUCCGGUUGUAAACCUGACGUAUGCCUCAGAAUGGGGACGUUGUAACUCUGCUGAUCAUGUUUUAGGUGUGUGAAACUGUCAGUCCUCAGCUAAACUGGGUCAAACCUUUUUAACAUAUUUGUAUACAAUAACUGCAGUAUGUGUGAACAUACAUUUUAUCACAACAUUUCAACCAUAUUUAAGCACACAAAUAUUCAACUCACUUGUCUACUUCUACAUGCAGUUUUUACCCCAUGAAGUGCUGUGAAACUUUUUUUACAAUUUCUUCUGUUUUACCUGUCACCUCUACAUGUUUUCAAUCAUGAAACAUUAUGUGAAAUAAAGUCAUGUAAUGAUAGGCAAUGACCUCAACUGAGGUCAGAUGACUGCAGCACAUUCUUGGUUAUUUUUAUGCUGCAUCAGUGAGUAACUGAUGAACCCUUGGAGUAACUUUAGUAGAGCAGUCACGAGGGAAAAGUUCAACACUCUUCCUGUUUUCUCAAUUUGUAGAUCAUUGCUUUUGAUGUGGUUUGCUUCGUGAAACCUUAAAAAUGGUUUUACUACCAGACAGAUGGAUGUCAGCAAUAUUGUUUGAAAUCUUUAGGCCUACUUCAGGUUUUUAUACAAUUUGAACCACGUUUAUUUGGAUACUAUUUUCCUUAAAUGGAAUUAUAUAAUAUUCAAGUGAUGCUAUGAGAGAAAAACAGAAGAAAUCUUUAAGGCACUAGUGCAUUUUACAACACGGCAAUGUUUAGUCUGCAAUUUACAGAGCAAUCUGAACAAAAUGUACCUGCUGGAUUCUUUAACAUUUUUGUUCUGUAACACAAUGUUAAUUUAUUGCACCAUGAUUGUUUUUUAUCUGUAUCUGUGCUCUGACUGAAUAUUUUACUUAAUAUUGAUCAUAUUGUUUUUGUUAGUUUAUUUUGAUUUCUCAAAAUAAAACAAUUUAGCCGUUUUCAUUUAAAAGAUAAAUAACAAAGUGCGAUAUGUAUUGUUUCAAAUGAA